UCUCUGUUCUGGAAGCCCUCCCAGCCAUCCAUACAAGCAUGGAUGAGACCAGGAGGGGGCACCAGCAAACCCCCAGAACUGUCAUACACCAACACACUGUUGGUAAGAUGGACUCCGGCUGACAUGGUGACUAUGUGAACGACAUUCGGCUACCGGAAGAAGCCCUUCAUCCAGUCAGCUCGAGGCCAUUUGAACAUGAUGUGGUUUUGUGGCUGUGUGUAGCAACAGCAUUUUGGACUAAAAUUUCAACCAGGGGAAGCCUUGGAUGUAAGUUCAGACACUGAAGCAUAUGGGUGUUAAUACUUUUAUAACAAGAGGGUCGUUUUCUUUAACUAAUAAUGUCCAGUAUGUGAAGGAGAAUGCUCCUCUCAGAGCUAAGAUGAGUCAGCACAAGGGCCCCUCAAGCUGUGUUAGCUUGCAAUGCUGUGGGAAGUUUGUCACAGAAAACCAAAAGGAAAAAAGCAAAAGAUGUAUCUUGUAACAAAAGGGCAAAAAGUAACAAAAGGCCAAAAACUAGGGCUAGACCCCAAAUAGCAAGCACAUGAGGUAAAAACUCCCCAUUGGGGACUAAAAUCCUCUAACAGAGGCUCAGGAGAAACCAGGCUUUUGAGGGGGAGCCUAUCCUCUGCUGGCCAGCAAGGUCUAAAGGUAGGAUGGAUAAGACAGAUAUUUUGUAAAUUGGAGAAAUUGAAUUGGGUUGAACCGGGUUCAAAUGAGGGAAAGUAUAGUGAGCAGUUUGAGGGGCGGUGAGAUGCAGUUGGAGCUCCAGGAUAUGAGAAGGUGUGGGCAUGAACCAGGGGAAAAUGGGCAUUUUCCAGCAUACACAUCAGGUUUUUUCUGUUCAAUAAAUAUUCGCACAAGGGUUAAAGUACAUGGGAUCAAAACGGGAUGUAAUUCUCGAUUUGCAUUUUCAUUUUGGCGCGCAUAUGCUUCCUUGUAGCACAGCCUACAAUAGUGAUCUGUGCAAACCUCACAGAUCACUAUCAAGUCUCACCCAUUGACCCUGAGACACACGCAUUUGAACCAGUUCACACGCUCACACGUGAGAAAAGACAGGUGUGGCACCUGUCUUUUCUCACGGUGAGUCGGCCGAGAAGGGAUAAAACCCACUACACGGAAAUAAACAUGAUUUUAAAAGCAGUCUCGUUGUAUUUGGAGCCACGUUUGGACACUUGAGGAUCUUUUGACAUUUUUUGGUGAUCUUUACCCGUCUGGCCGGUAGGCGGGGUUACUGUGAGGAUCUGCCGCGUUUGUCCCACUCUGCACCUGCACGCUCAGAAAGGCGGUGUGCUCUGAUGGGUAGGUAUACUGUGAACAACGCUCCAGUAAGUUAGUACGUUUUAAAUAGUAAAAUAUUGUUUCAGUUGAGAACUUCGACAUAUUUCAUUUGUCACGUCAUUUUUUUCUAUGAAUUGUAGUGUUUGGCUGCAAUACAAAGUCCCGCAGGAGGUUUUUAACCUUCCAUGUCGAAGAAUUGUAUGCAAACUUAACGUUAGCUACUAGCUGCUAUUAGCCUAUGUUUGGGAACAUUGCUUAAAUAUGCGCGAAUAUGAAAGUUUAAAUGCAGUUCCUUAUGUUUUGCUUGUGCAGCCAAUGAAAAGAUGCCCCUGCGAAAAUGAGAGAUAAUUGAUGUUAUUUCGAAUUUAAAUGUUUACUGAUAGGGGUUUACAGUCUACCAGACAAUUUUACAAGAAAAACACGGAGUAUUUUAUUAAUUUAUUUAUUAAAAUUCAAUUUACUUGACACUGCACCAAUCUGCCCCCUGCCUAAACCUUGCAGGGGCCCCCCGAUAUUUUGCGUUACGCCACUGGGCAAUAUCGUGAUAUUUUGAAGAUAUCGUAUCGUACCGUAAAAUUUCAUAUCGGUUCAUCCCUACCACACACACACACACAGUCAGUCACGCACGCACAUACACACUCAGUCACACCCUCGCACAAAUGCUCACAAAGAUCACCUCUCCCGAACUAUUACAUUUUUUUCUUACAUGUGUAACUAAAUCAAUUUAUUUUAUUCAGCUGAGUUUGUCUUAUUGGUUUGGCCUGUCAUUUUCGGUUCUAUUUGUUUUAUUUGUGCUGGUCAAUUAUAAACUAAAUUAUAGUUUAUAUAAACUCAAUUAUAAACUAAAUUAUAAUUGGGAGAAGUGGAUUCGGCCGAGGGGCCUCUGCGACCAAAACAUACACAGUGUCUAUUUGCUCCAGCCCUGAUUUGCAAUCUCACUCUGAGUUUUUCAUGAAACUUGAGAGCCUUGUCGCGUUAAUCAUGAAUUGUGUUCUUAUUAAUUUGGUUAAACCACAGAACAAAAUUACCAUUCCCAUAAUUCUAGGGGAGACAAAAUGGUGAGAGAAAUGGAGCCGGCGUAAUUAGGAGAGAGCUGAGGAAACUUUUCAAUACCUAAUCGAUUUCCUAACCGUAAAUUCAGCAACUCAUGUUUGUAAAACGUGUGGCUAGGUGUUUACUAAGUUAAUAAGGCUGCAGUUGUUUGGAGAUAACAAUGCUUAUUUGCUACUUUACGUUACACCUGAUGACACUGAAACAAGUCAUUUGUGUAAACGUUUAUCUGGACGCAUUCAGAUAACGUGCAGUUAUUUAAAUAAUUCAUAGCGUCGUCAUGUGUCAUUUGCUUCAGCAGGCUUUGGUGGUCUUGCCGACAAUCGCUGAGAUGGUCAAAGAACAAAAUCACUGUUUUUGUUUUACUUUGGGAGGCUACUAGGUGCGUGAUGAUAACAUGAAGUUAAUUUAGGUUACAAAGUAGAUUACGGUGAUCUAAACGCAGAGUAAAAUUAAAAGAUUUGUGAACAUCGUGGAUAUCGGCACGGCUUGGACGCAAACUGACCAAUGGAGACAAUGGACCAGACCUAUGCCUUAUAUAAAUGGUUACCAGAGCAAAAAAAAAAAGUCCAUUAACAGUUAUUUUUUAUCCAUUUAUGUGUUAUGAUGAAUGUUGAACUUUUUAAAAAUGUAUAUAUGUUUGCUGACCGAAGAACAUAUCACGGGGGAUCCCCACAGUGAUCAUAAGAACACUUUCUUGUGUUUGCAAAAUUCAUGUUUGCAAAUCAGAUUCUGUCUCAUAUGUGAUCAUCAUAGAGAAAAUGUUUGGUAAUUAAAUCAUUGCAGUCGGUUUCAAACCUUUAUCUUUUUUUGGUUAAUGAAGCUAAAUAAUUGCCUUAGAAUUUGGUGGAUUAAUUUAUGAAAUCAUUUAAGAAUAAUUUAUGAAUGUAAUUUACACAACCCUCUCCCUGUUUUUUGUUUUUACCACUCAGGGAUGCAUAUGCAAAUAGGAAAUGACAUAUGUAUGAACUGGCAAGGUGAACAUUAUUACAAUCUCCAGUGAAUUUUAAUGUUUGUGUGUGUGUCCAUGUGUAUGUGGUUUCUCCACAGGCUGGGUUGGUGUAAUCUCACAGAGGGCUGCUGUGAUGUUCUGGCCUCAGUCUUGCGUUCUCCUCACUCAGAUCUGAGUGAUCUGGAGCUGAGAGACAACGAGCUGCAGGAUUCAGGAGUGAGAGCGCUCUCUGCUGGACUGGAGGAGCCACACUGUAAACUGCAGAGACUGGGGCUGUCAGGCUGUAGAGUCACACAGAGAGGCUGUGAUUCUCUGGCUUCAGCUCUGUGUUCAAACCCCUCACACCUGAGAGAGCUGGACCUGAGAUACAAUCACCCAGGAGACUCAGGAGUGAGAGCGCUGUCUGCUGCUAAACUGGACACACUCACACUGCUUGUGGAACAUGGUGGAGAGAACAGGAUUAAACCAGGACCCAGGAAAUACGGCUGUCGGCUCACACUGGAUCCAAACACAGCGCACAGAGAGCUGUCUCUGUCUGAGGGGAACAGGAAGGUGACAAACACACCGUGGAGAAAGGAGCCAUAUCCUGAUCAUCCAGAGAGAUUUGAGUCCUGGGAGCAGGUUCUGUGCAGAGAGAGUGUGUGUGAGCGCUGUUACUGGGAGGCUGAGUGGAGUGUGUCUGAGGGGGGAGGGGCUGAUAUAGCAGUGACAUAUAAAGGAAUCAGCAGGAAAGGAGGGGGUGAUGACUGUGGGUUUGGAGGGAAUAAAAACUCCUGGAGUCUGUGGUUCAGUAAACACAGUUACUCUGUCCGUCACAAUUAUAACCUCACACCCCUACCUGCCCGCCCCUCCCCCUACCACAGAGCAGGAGUGUGUGUGUACAGGGUAGGAGUGUGUGUGGACCGUCCGGCUGGCACUCUGUCCUUCUACAGCGUCUCUGACUCUGACACACUGACCCUCCUGCACACAUUCCACACACACUUCACUCAACACACACCCCUCUGUGCUGGUUUUUAUGUGUGGGAGGGCUGCUCAGUGUCCCUCUGCCAACUGGAGUAGAGACACACACACACACACACACACCCCUCCACCCCACAAACACACACACUGUGGCACCCCACGGGGAGAGAGAGGCAGAGAGAGCAGGAAUAAGUGUGUCCAAAAUUAUAUUUUAAUACAUUUUCUUUAAGUGUCUUCAGGACACUUUCUUU